UGGUUACAGCAUUGUUUUUUGCAAAUAAUUCACAAACAAGCAACGAAGUUUAACAUACGAAAAUACCCAAGCUCAUAAAAAUAAAACAUAAAAAAAAUUUGACAAUUGGAAAAUUUAAAAUUCCUACUAAUUUUUGAACACACCUAGUAUAAUGACAUAAAGAAGAGAAAUCAUUAGUAAUUCACAGAUGUAAGAUAGGAGCGAUGAAAUAUCUCACGUGGCAAUUAACAUUCAUAAUGAGUAUGUUUGGCUACACUGGCAAAUGGGGUACUUGGUUCACACUGGUGCUGGUACAGUUGGCGAUUAUGCUCGGUUUUGCCUGCCGCGUUUCAGAGUUUCCUUGCAAAGGCAACAACAACAUUUGCAUACCGCUCGACAAAUACUGCGACGGGCGAGCGGAUUGUGAAGAUAACAGUGAUGAGCCGAAGCAUUGUUCGGUUUGCAACCGAACUUAUUAUGGCGACGUUGGCCGCACCUAUACAUUAAAGGUACCAACACCACAAUGGAACCGACUGCCUUUUUUAUGUCACUUAACAUUCACAGCUUCUGGGCGUGAACAAGGCGAUAUUGUGCAAAUUAUUUUCGAUAGUUUCACAGUGGGCCGCUUCGAUGAGGGCAUGGUCGACUCAGACAUUGAAGGUUACGAGAGUAAUGUUAACCCUGUGGGCGAGUUGCCGGGUUGCCCGGAGGGUUUCAUGCAGUUAAGUGAGCUGGGGCGUCCAUUCACCGGAGGCUCUUGGUGUGGGAAAGCCACGGGCCCACAAUUGUAUUUCAGCGAGACAACAACAGUAACAGCGUCUGUAAAAGUAUUUCAUCCGCCCAAGAAUAUACACGAUGAAAAGCCAUUUGAAUUCAAAAUACGUUACAAAUUUAUCAGUCAAACCGAUGCUGUAGUUAGAUAUGGUUUGCCUGAUAAGCCUUUGGAAUUGGGUCGCGUCACGCCGGGCACUUAUUGUACACGCCAGUUCGAUGAGUGUUACCGCAAUAAAUGCCAUUUGCAGAGUCCAAAUUAUCCGGGAAUGUAUCCGAGAAAUGUAACCUGCUAUUGGACCAUAAGGCAAAAGGAGGUGCCGACCAGUAAACAUGCCAUGAUUGCUGUUAGUCAAGAGAAUCAACAUAAAGCGCUCGUCAAAAGAUCUAUUGCGAGCUUUAACAAAACUUCACGUUCCAUUCGAGCGUGGUCGGACUGUACGGGGGAACGUGAUCAUUUAAUUUUCUAUGAUGGCAGUUCAACGAAUGAUCCGGUUUUGGCCAAAUACUGUGGUGGCGAUUGGUUGCCGCGUGUGGUGUCGCGUGGUCCAGAAAUGUUGGUAGCAUUCCAUUCCAGCCCAUUUUCAGCGCCACUGCAACAAGGUGUGCCUAAUCGCGGUUUUGAGCUCGAUGUCGAUAUCAUUUUCACUGAUUCAGACUCGUACGAUUUCGCACAAGGCACAAAGAAUACAUGCGAGUUCCACAUAAAUGCCACAAAUCCAGACGAUGUGCUGUUUUCUCGGAGAGGACGUAUGGGUCGCAUAGUAAGUCCACGACAUACUCUACCACCGAACACAACAUGCACAUACCACUUUCACGGCUAUCCAGGUGAUCUUAUUUGGCUGUCGUUCACAAGUUACAAUCUCCAGAUAUUACAACAAACUAUUCAUGAUAACAAUACCCUUGGCAGAGCUGAUCUGCCACCUUGGAUAACACGGCUGAGAAUGUGGGAUAGUUAUGGAACAUAUGUUUCAUCGAAAAUUACAACAACAACAGGACUGCCACCCUCACCACCACCAGUUGUGUCAUCUGCCGCCGGUGGCAAACCGACAACGCUGAAUCAAAGCUCUUAUGGCAACUACUAUUAUAGCGCUCAAAAUCCCAAAUUGGGUAAAAAUAUACGCGUAAAUAUAGACAAUGCGUGGAAUCCCGUAGACACAUACAUUUACGGUCCAACACAAUCGAGUAUAUUUAAUAACGAGAAUAAGUACAGCGGUUAUCAACAAGCUGGAGCGGGGGCAGGUGGAAAGCAAAGUGGCGGUAUCGUAAAUGGUGGUAUAAGUGGCAUUAAGGAGAGUCUCAAUUAUAUUUCCGGCAGUAGUAGUGGCAAAGCUAGCAAAGAGGCGACGUCAGCCGAAAAGACUUCGGUUUCGUUGAUGAGCUCGAAAGGAAAGCGACGUUUAAUGUUAGAAAUAUAUGAUUAUGAGACACCCAAGCUGUGUGAUCAUACUGCCAUUAGCAAUAAUGCAUUGGGUUUCAAUAAGUUGAGACCUUGCAGUCCCUUGGAGAGCUAUGUCAGCUCUGGUCGAGACUUGAAAUUGGAAUUCCAUACUCAUACCGGCACUGCACUCUUUCCUGCUCAGUUUUCGUUAAAUUAUGAAUUCGUCGACACUGAGCAAGGUGGUGAACCGUGGCCGGGUCGUCGUGGUGAAGACCCGGUACCGCCACUUUGUUCACGUGUAUUCCGGAAGCGUAAAGGCAAUAUACAGGUGCCACGAAACGUGUUUCUCUAUGGACGAGGUGGCGCCAAAAAUCUGACUUGUCUAUAUCGCUUUGAGGCUGGUUCAUCGGAACGAGUGCGUUUAGUUUUGCAUAAUGUUACAUUUGGCGAUGGCACAACAUGCACCACAGACUCGGAUCUACAUACUGGACGGCCGCGUUGUAACCAAUUGGACCCGGAGGGUCGUAUUACCGAAUUACGUCUCUUCGAUGUGCCAUUUCGUGAUGUGAAAAUACAAUUAGGUUGUUUCUGUGACAAUUCCAGUACACUUUAUAGCAAUGCACCGUUAACAUUUAUAUCCAAUUCACGUGUUAUGGAACUGACAUUUACCGUUAAUCGUUUAAAUAUAUCGGAAGAUUUUGCAGAUGUGUUCUUUUUCGCCUCAUAUGAGUUCAAACGGGUUAGUGAGUGUCGCAAACGUCUAAAACUGAAAGGUUCCGGAGGUGAAGAUGAAAUUAAGUACCCUAUGAAAUCACAAGAUUCUAGUUGUGAGGGUCUCUCUUGGUGUAUAGAAGCACAAACAUUGGAGCAUUCACUCUUCGUUCAGACAUGGGGCUCUUAUCUACCCAUUGAUCCCACAUCAGAAGAUGCGAUGCGUUGUCACACGAAAAAUCGUCUAAUCAUAUAUGCAGGACGACCGUUAAAGCCAAUGCGUGUCAUUUGUCCAGCACAGAGUGGACCAAGACCAACUUCGCUGCAUAUAUUUUCAGAGGAUUGGACAAAUGGUCAACCCUUGUUCACCAAUAAACCUGUUAGCUUGGUUCUGGAGCCCAUACUAAAAGAACCCGGUGACAUAGCUUUCACAUGGUUGGAAAUAUAUCGCACUCGAAAUUCCUUAAUUCAACAAUUGGACUUGCAAAGUAACGCCACAGUUAUGACUGGUGGUACCACCGGUGGCAAUGAUACGCUCACCGAUAUCGGCUUUUAUCCAAAAGAAUCCGAUUGUGAAUACAAAUGCCCCGAAUUGGAUGCGUGUAUUGCGGGGAAUCUGUGGUGUGACGGCCACAAUAACUGCCCUUCUGGAUUUGAUGAAUCGGAACAGGAGUGCGGCUCGGCGCGUAAACUGCUCGAACUGCCUGGUGGUGUAUUUGCGGCGCUCGGUUGCAUAGCAGCGGCCAUUACAGCCUGCCUCAUAUUCUGUAUAUUCGGUUUAUUGAGAAAACGUAAAAAAACUGUGGGACAAAAGCUCACCAUAAAUGGUACACUCAAAAAGGACUUCAACAAGGAGUCGCUAUUUAUUGAUCCCGCCUCUUGACACGGGCUUCAACCGGUCGAAUAUAUACAUGUCGAUCGGGAAACGACUGUGUGAUAUGUUGCCGAUGAAUUUUAGUGCUGCUAUUGCUGUCGCUUUAACAUUACUCCGACGAGUACGAGAGGAGGCGGGGCAUACGACGGGGAUGAUAUAUCGAUCCAGCAUGCAUGACCCAGUCUAUUGUGUACGGUGUGCCCUAAUUAAAUGAUACACUUACAUGCAUACACAUAUAGUAUAUAUAAGGAAUUUUUCUAAGCGCUUGUUUUCAAAAUACAACAAUUACAUACAACAACAACCAGAAGAAAAAUUAAAAAAUACGAAACAAAAAAAUACAGUUAGAAUUGAGCAAACGCAGCUAAGCAAAUUUAUGAUAAGAAAACGAUACAAUCACUGCCUUUUGAUCAUACUUAACUAAUCGUUUCUGUAAUUAACUUUGACGUUUUCAAACAGUAUUACUAAUCAAUUACACGAAGUGACAAUGCAUUUUCUGUGAGAUAAGCAGCCCUUUAAAAGAUUACCGAGGUUAUGGCACAAACUUCAUUAUAUAAACUCAAUCAGGUUUUCACUUAUAGUGACCGCUC